UGCAUCAGCCACACAUUCAAAGUCAUGAGUAGAUAUUGAUAUGCCAAACCUACUUUGUGCAUCAGCCACACAUUCAAAGUCAUUAGAUAUUGAUAAGCCAAACCUAGCUACUUUGUGUAUCACUUAACCAAACGAAAAUGACUUCAGUACUGAUUGAGCAAUGCCAAGUUGCGCCACCUCCCCAUGGCGGCGUAACUGAGCUAACGCUCCCUCUAACUUAUUUUGAUCAUAUGUGUUUCAAUUUUGGCUAUAUGCGUCGGAUUUUAUUCUACAAGCUACCAAUUUCCAAACUAGAUUUCGUUCAAACCAUUAUUCCUACUCUUAAACAUUCACUCUCCCUCACUCUCAAACACUACACACCCUUAGCUGGCAACAUUGCUUGUCCACUAAAUUCGAGUGGUUAUCUUGAGUUGCGUUAUGUGAUAGGAGAUUCUGUAUUUGUUACUUUUACUGAGAUUGAUAUGAAUUUCAAUCAUCUCAUUGGUAACCAUCCUCGAAAUGCUAAGGAUUUUUAUCCCUUCAUUCCUCAAUUGGCACAACCUAAGGAUACACCGGGGGUAAAACUAGUCCCGGUUUUAGCCAUUCAAGUGACACUUUUUUCGAAUCUUGGCAUAUCCGUUGGUUUUAGUAACCAUCAUGUUGCUUGUGAUGGAAAUACCAUCGUGAAAUUCAUAAGAACAUGGGGUUUACUCAACAAAUUUGGCGGUGAUGAACAAUGCUUAGAGAAUGAGUUCAUUCCAUUUUAUGAUAGGUCCGUAAUAAAAGACCCUUAUGAACAAGGGACGAUUAUAUGGGAUGAAAUGAAGCAAAAUAUGCCGGAGAUAGGUGACAUAAUUGUGACUCCUCCUCUUGAUAGAGUUCGAGGUACAUUUAUUAUAGAACGAUAUAACAUUGAUAAGCUCAGGAAUUUAAUAUUGUCAAGACGACCUAACUUAAGUUAUGUGACAUCUUUUACAAUAACUUGUGCUUAUAUAUGGACUUGCUUGAUAAAGUCAAAGUUCGCGAUUGAGGAAGAGACGAUAGAUGAGGAUGUUAUGGAGAUUUUUGGAUGUGUAGCGGAUUGUAGAUCGCGUCUCAAUCCACCACUUCCUCAAUCUUAUUUCGGUAAUUGCCUUGUCACGAUUGUUUCAAAAGCAAGUCCUGUUGACUUAGUUGGAAAGGAAGGGUUUAUAAUUGCUGUGGAAGUCAUUGGAGAGGCCAUCAAGAAGCAAAUGAAGGAUGAGGAAUUGAUCUUGAAUUGUAGUUGGUAUAGAGAAUUUCGUGUUGUUGACAUGAAACAACCACUUACAGUUGCUGGAUCACCAAAGUUUAAUUUGUAUGAUGUUGAUUUUGGUUGGGGUAGGCCAGAAAAAAUAGAGAUUAUUUCUAUUGAUAAUAGUAGUGGUAUAUCUAUGUCCAUUAGCAAGUACAAAGAUUCAGAUGGAGAUUUAGAGAUUGGCUUGUCUUUGCCCAAAAUUCGAAUGAGUGCUUUUGCUGCUAUAUUCGAUCAUGGGCUAAGCUUUUUGUAAGAAUGUACCAAGGUCUAUCGGAAAAUUUAUUACUAUAGAAUCAUGGAUUGUAAUCCAAGAAUGCCAA